AUGACUCAUCCUGGACUAUCGACAUAUUCACUCCCCUCCGCAACAGCCAAUGACAUUAAAUCCUCGCCCUAUCCAUCGACGUGGGCUGAUCCAGCUUUGAAAUCACUUUUUGUGCAGAAACCCAACGAUACCACUAACUCACCGGAUGCGCAACCCGACCCAUCAACCAGCACUAGUGGUUCAUCGACGAAAGUCGGGCCGAUAGUAGGUGGUGUGGUGGGUGGCGUUGCCGGUGCAGCUAUCAUAUUGGCAAUAAUCUUCUUCGCCCUGAGAAAGCGACGGCGAGAUUAUCAGAAGGAACCACAGGGUGAAAAGUGGCCAGAUAAUGCACCGGUAACGAUGGGCCGCGUGGGAGGUGAACUACCAGCUGAAGCCCCGCGGCGGGAGUUGGAUGCACGCAGCAAUGCGCGCAGUGAGUUGCGAGGGACUACAAGGUCAGUUUAUGAACUAGAUGGAGGCCGAGGAACGGGUUCUCAAAUUAUCAAGACACGGCAGUAG